AGUGCUCUGGAGAAGUAGAGAAGAGGGCCGGCCGCAGGGCCAGCCCCCAGGGUGAGGGAGUUUGGUGCUAAGGGUCGUGGGAGGAAAGAGGAUUCUUAGUGUCCCUACCCAAAGCCUCCAUAGGGAAGCGGGGCACAGAUACGAGAAAUGCAUUCAGGCAGCUGAGGGGGAGAAGAAUGUUCGGUAAAGGUGAGGGGCAGGAGAGUUGGGGACAAGUAGGCAGUGGGCACUAUCGGAGAGGUAUUCAAUUAUUUAAAAGUGUCAAUCAGUGCAGACGACCCAAAACUCCUACAGGAAAAAACAAAAACCAAGGAUUCCAAGGUCACGAAGGCAAGAACUGAGAGCAGGCUGUAGUGACAGAGGCCAUGAGUGCCCGGGCCACACAGCCCCGAAGCCGUCGAGGGAGGCAUCCUCUGCCUGGGGAGCUGGACCCUGUAGCUGAGAGCUCAGAGGAGGUAGAUGCCACCAAUGGAAGCAUGGAGACUAAACCUGAGCUGCUUCAGGAACACCUUGGUCCUGGCCUGCAGGGCCCCAGGAACUGGAACAAGGAGGAUUGUGAUGUGGGAUCCCAUGGGGUCCUACCCUUGAGCCCGGAAGAACGGUGUAAGCCUGAGGUGGAAGCCCACCAGGCCCCAAAAGAAGCCCCCCAGGAUGCUGGCCCUGCUGAGAUAUCAGCACCCAAUGUGUAUGAGACCUUGCAGUGCAGGCUGAGCUCUCUUGAGGCAAUUGUGGCUGCCUGGCGCCACCACUCACUAAACUUUCCAAAGCCAGUGGAAGCAGAAGACAGAGACCAGGGGGCUCCGGGGUCCUUUGGUGGUGAGGAAGAAGCCACUGGACCUGGACGGCAGGAGGCAGCUUGCCUCAUAGAGAGGAACGCCUGGCUGCGGCAGGCCCUGGGCAGUCGGGAGGAUGAGCUGGCUUGCACUCAGGCCUCACUGCAGGAUGCCCAGGCAGAGAAGCAGAGUCUGCAGAGACAGGUACAGGAGCUAGAGGAUUCCCUGAUGCAGCUGGAGGCUGCCCCGCCUCCCUCCAUCCUCAGAGCAGGGAGUAGAAACAGCAACUCCAGCGGUUCUGGGGCAGAAAGGAGACCCUGGGCGCCUCAGGACUCCCCCAUGGCUCACCCCCUUCUCCAACGCCUCCGGAGUGAUUCCAGCACCCAGAGCUUUGGGUGCCUUUCCACACAGCAUCCAGCCCCAGAGAUGUACCUCUUGGAAGACCAAAUGGGGCAGCUCCAGGGGAGCAUUGAGAAGUUGAAGUGCUUCAACCGCCUCCUUCUGGCUGUGCUCCAGGGCUACAAGUGCCGCUGUGAGAGCCUCAGCAUUAAGCUGAGCAAGAGGGAGGCUGAGGCCACAGCCCUGCGCCUGGCUCUGCAGUAUAGUGAGGACUGUGAGGAGGUGUAUGAGGUAAUGCUUGCUCUGAAGACAGCUGGCCUGGGAACUGGAGUUGAAGCUACCAAGGGUGACCUACAGGCUGCUGAGGAGGAGGCCUCUAGACUGCUGGUGAAGAAGGAAGCAGCCAUGGAUGUAGAGACACCCCAGCACAGCCCAGAGGGCGGGAGUGUGGACAAGCCUACACCAGAGGAACUGGCUGCUCAGCUCCAUGGCUAUCUUCAGCAUCUCCGGGAGCGCUGGGCUCUGGUGAAGAUCCCCCCAGCACUUGGCCCUGCCACUGCACCCAAGCCCACUAUGCCCCAUGCAGAAGCAACAGUGCAGGCCAUUCUGGAGAUACAGCCUGGCCCGGCCCUGCCCCAGCUCGAGAAGUCUCAGAUCCAGCAGGACCUAGCGGCUACUCGGGACAGUCUGGCUGACCUGGUACUGAGGCUGCAGCUAGCGCAGCGGGAGAAGCGCGGGCUGGAGCUGCGGGAAGCGGCGCUGCGGGCCCAGGGCCCUGCCCAUCGGCUGCUCCUGCAGCAGCUUCGCUGGGAGCGGGCUCAUCUCAUGGGCGAUGGCAGCAGUGGAGGCAGCAGCGAGGAUCCAAGCAGUGAAGAAGAGGUUGGGGAGGACAGACAACAGCACUACCAGGGCCCUCCUGCCCUCCUGGGUGGUCAGAUGGGCAAAGUGUGGGACUCUGAGAAUGUAUCCCAGGAACUGUCAGCAUCCCUGGCCCGGGCAGUGGACCUGCGGGCACAGCUGCAGUCCCUGCGGCGGCAGCUGGAACAGGUGGCUCAGAAGGGCCGAACCAGAGGUGCUCAGAGUGCCGAGCUGAACAGAGAGCUGUGCAAGGCUCACAGCGCUCUGGCUUUGGCCUUCAGAGGAGCCCACCGGAAGCAGGAAGAGCAACUCCGGAAGUUGGAGCAGCAGGUGGCUCGGAUGCAGGCUCAACAGGCUGAAGAGCUGGCAGUGCUGACAGCCACUGCUAGGGCCCUGGGGAAGCCUGGGGCACCCCAGUCAGCCCAGACCUUCCUGUAGGGCUCGGGCCAAACUUGCAUGUGACACAGAGGUGGCCGGAGUGUCACAGUAUCCUGUGGUGUAUGGAGAGGCGGGGACUUGGGUUUGUUUGCCAGCCUCUACAGCUAUGGCGCCUGUGACUCCAGGUCAAGGAGAUGUGUCGCCCCCUUCUGGCCUCUGCAGGCUCUGCACUAAUGUGUACAUACCCUUCCUCACACAUGUAAUUAAACAUACAAACCUGUCC